UACAUUUACUUGGAUCUCGACGACACGAUGAGAAGACAUAAUCUUAUUCUAUCCCUCCUCCGAUCUCCGUUUCCUCCAAGAUCGGUAGCGUCAUUCGAUAUCCCGUGUGUCUUCACGCGGAACACGUCAGACGCUCUCAAGAGCGAGAGAGAGAAGGCGACGCUGCUAAUUGGCGUUGCAACGGUUGCGACUAUUGCCAGUAAUGCUAGUGCGAGUCUAACGAGCAUUCGCGAUCCCUCGAGGAAUCCUAUUCCGAUUUUAAACCGUCCGAUGUGCGGACUCGUAAACAAAAAAAUGAGCGUACAGGAGGCAGUGGAGGAGCUGACGCAGAUCUGCAUUCAGAUGCGCCUCCACCUGGACGAUCUGACCGAACGGAAGGAAAAAGAAACGUUGGUCCUGCAGCACAUCAGGCGGUUUGAAAACAGCGGAGCGGAGGCUCAAGAUUUCCCCAAAGGCCUGGAAUGGUUUAACGUGUCGGAGGGAUUGUCGUUGGCGCAGCAUCUAAAAGGAAAGAUCGUGCUUUUGGACUUUUUUACAUACUGCUGCAUCAAUUGCAUGCAUGUUUUGGCCGAGCUAGAAGAGGUUGAAAAGAAAGUCUCUAUAGAGGAUGGCCUCGUGGUAAUUGGAGUGCAUAGCGCAAAAUUUACAAAUGAGCGCAGUUCGAAGAAUGUCUUAUCCGCUGUACAGAGAUACAAUAUCAUGCAUCCUGUGGUGAAUGAUGUAACGUUAAGAAUGUGGCACGACAUGGGAAUAACAUGUUGGCCUAGCCUGAUUAUGUUAGGACCGAGUGGUCAACCGCUGGCCGUUUUUGUGGGUGAAGAUCACAAAGAUGAAAUACUGUUAUAUACCAAAGUAGCGAUAGCACAUUUCAAGUCUUUAAACCAAAUAUCAAGUCACAGUCUUCCGCUGAAGUUGGCGCAUCACCUUUUACCAUCUUCUAAAGAUGGUCUAUUGUUUCCUGGCAAACUAACAGUUCUUCAGUCGGAGCAAGGGACUAAGCUAGUCAUAUCUGAUAGCGGUAACAAUAGAAUUGUAAUUACAAAUGAGCACGGCAGAGUGGAGCAUGUUAUUGGUGGAUGCAGCCAGGGUUUUAAAGAUGGCGAUUUUAAAAAUGCUAGAUUUAAUUCACCUCAAGGAGUUUGUGCGCUCAAUAAUACAAUAUACAUUGCGGAUAAUAAUAAUCAUGCCAUUAGAAAAAUAAAUCUAAGCGAAAAAACUGUAUCCACCAUAGCUGGCACUGGGUUACAAGGUUGCGAUCGAAACGGUGGAGGACACGGCACUGAUCAAGCUUUAUCAUCCCCUUGGGACGUGGCUAUUUAUCAUCACGAGUAUAAAGGCACCAGUGUGCCAGUCUUGUUAAUCGCCAUAGCGGGUACCCAUCAGAUCUGGGCAUUGUUUUUGGAAGAUACUGUUUGGUGGAAGGAAAAAAAAUAUACAGCGGGAACGUGCGCUGCUAUCGUCGGAAGUGGCCGGGAGGAAAAUCGCAAUAACAGUUAUCCUCAUGCAGCGGGACUAGCACAACCCUCUGGCAUCGCGAUCGUUCAGGAAUGUAAAGCUGCAUUUUUUGCGGACAGCGAAAGCAGUGCUAUCAGACGAUUGCAUUUAGAUAGCGGUCAAGUAUCUGCUGUUUGUGGAGGGGAUAAAAAUCCAGCGAACUUGCAUUCUUUCGGAGAUGUAGACGGCAAAGGGAACUCGGUUAAACUUCAACAUCCAUUGGGCGUAACGUGGAAUCAUUCGGAUAAACAAAUUUAUGUGGCUGAUACAUACAAUCAUAAAAUUAAGAGCGUGAAUACUGCAACGGGGCAUUGUAAGACAUUAUUUGGAGGCGGAAAACCCGAUAAUACAUUUAUCUUUAAUGAACCGAGUGGUCUUGCUGUCAGCCCAAACGGUAACAUUCUUUACGUGGCAGAUACCAAUAAUCAUUCUCUUAAGAUUAUUGAUUUAAAAAAUGAGAAAAUUUCGACCAUGUCUAUCGCAUUCAGACGUGAUUCAAAUAGAAAUAUCGACAAUGUAUUUGCUUUCGAUACAGUAGUGAAUACACAUGGCGGAGAACUAAAUGCCUCAUUUAAUAUCGUAUUUACGAACGAUUUGAAAUUAAAUGCAGACGCACCGCAAGAAUGGCAGGUGUCUUUACCCGCAAAUACGUGGACGGCGAAAUCUUUGACGGGUAAACUUUCGACUCCCAUAUCGGUGAAACUUCCUGAAGAAGAAGAGCGCAAUCAAUUGCGCGUCACAUUAAACAUAAUGGCUUGCACAGCGGACACGUGUGUACCACUAAAGCUGUCUAUAUUGUUCAACGUACAACGAAGAACAGAUGCGCCAACAGUUGUAACUGAAGAGAAAGAACUCGUCAUUGGUUAGAAAAUGCGUUGUAUGUUUU